GUGAAACACCGCCGAGUCUGUACGUACCAUACAAAGCGAUAUUAGCAAACGGUUGCAGCAGAGAUGUGAAUCACCAGGUUGAUUUAUCCUCGCUGAUUGAAAGGACAGAACUCCUGCAAUACUCUACCAUUUGGACAAAUUUUAUCAUCUUCUUUUUGUACCUCCGAUUAUUCAUACUUUCACUAUCCAAAAAAAGACAGGGAUGUGCUUUUGUGCGUAAGUGAUGGACACUAUACUUGCUAAUCUAGCAACUGUGGGACUGGGAAUUCUUUUCUUCGCCGGAGCCGGAGCUCAGCUGUGCAAUCCUGGACGUUGUUUAUCGGCAAUACCAAAUAUAUUUCUUCGACCGCAAUCGGCAUAUCUCCUCAGACCAGAACAAGUGGAUGAAUUUUGCGGACCUACAAUCUACGGCAAACUCCUGAACUGUUGGACAACGGAAUGCCGAAAUGCUGUACAAGUGGACCGAGGCAUACGUGACCUUAUCGAACAGUCCACAUUCGUGCUCACACAGCUGUGUACAUCCAUUGAAGCCCGAACAAGGCUAACCGCUGCAACCGGCCAAUGUCGCAUAUAUUAUCCUCACGAUCUGGCCCCGAAAUGGCCGGAAGUCUUCAGCCAGUGCCCCAUUAAUCCGCUGAGAGGGAAACGAGCCGCUCCAACAGUAACGGAAGCCGACUCCGGAUGGAAAUGGCCGAGCACUCACGAGCACAACAAUCCGUAUGCUCUCUCGGGACCACCCGUCGUCAACGUCAACUACCGGCCUCCCAACGCGCGUCCGGUGACCACCUUUAACGAGAACCUCAUGACGGGCGAGGCGGCUAGUGUGGCCGUGGUGCAUGUGGGCAAUCCGGUGGGUUUGGGAUUCACCCAACAGGAUACGGAUUGGCAGUUCUGGCCGGUGAAUGUCGGCUUGAUGGGCGUCGGCGAUCGACCACUCACAACGCCGGUAUUGCCCGGAAAUCUGGCGGCGCCACCCUCGUGGCCGCUGCUGUUUUCCGGUAUGACGUCCAGUGGCGGGGGUGUUCUGCCGGCGGUGGGAGCGUGCUUGGAAGUCAGUCGAACGAUGGAUUGUACGCUCAGUCGCUCUUGUCUGCCGCAGCUUGCUCAAGUCAUAAAGCCUUUAGCCAUGAUGUACCUUGGAUGCGCUUCGGCAGUGCCGGCGUCCGUUGUAUGUGAUGGAAGGCGUGUGCAUUAUUGCAUGUGGUUGUCCGGCGGAUCACCUUUUGAAGUGUUCGAACCCACUCGAUACAUUCACUACUGCCAGAGUUCGGACGCCGUAAUCGAAUGCAUUGAGCGCGACUGCCCGGAAGCUCGUUCUGACGGGCCGGUUAACUUGGACCUGCAGUUUUUGGCCAGUUUCAAGAAGUUUCUUCGAAAUUACUGCCAGAAUUUGGUGUAUCAGAAUGCGGUUGCUCUGGCAUCGACAAACUGUCCGAUUUUUCGCAAUGUUUCACGAUUCCCAGCCACCGAUGAUUCCGUGCGCUGUGCCAAUCAACUUUUACAAUCUCAAGGAAAAGAAACGAAUCCUUGCAAUAUUUAUGAGGCUCAAACGCAUUGUUUAGCGCUGAACAGGCGAUGUGAUUUCGCGCAUGUUAAUCCACAAAAGUCGGUCCUGCUUGAAAUGAUGGGCUGUCCCGGAAGCGGAGUUUUACAGUACAGUACUGGCGGUCCCAUGGCUCUGACUUCAGGUCAUCCGGAAAGACCAUCCGCCACACUUCGGGUUAUAAUUAUUGUGACUGUAUGGUCCAGCAUGCUCUUAGUCACGAGAUCAAUAAUAUGUUGAAAGAGUUGUCCUUUUUGGAAACAAAAUGAACUUCCAACUUUCUUGACUUCAACGAAAACCGAACUUUCCAACUCACAUAUAUUUUAUGCUAAAUAACUGUUUUGCGCAACGAUUCCUUGCAGAAGUAGACAAAUCUUCUGGCAUACAAAAACAUUCUGCAAA